GUGGAAUGGCUAAACAGUGAGAAGUUGUCCUUCGAUGAGCACUUCCGAGGUAGGCUCACGAUUUUGGACUUCUUCACCUACUGCUGCGUCAACUGCAUGCACAUCUUGCCUCAUCUGCGCGAUCUAGAAACACAGCUGCCAGUCGAGGAUUUGAUUGUGAUUGGAGUGCAUUCCGCGAAGUUCGAAAACGAAAAGCUUUCAGAUAAUGUGAGGCACGCGAUUUUGAGGCACGACAUCCGCCAUCCUGUACUUAAUGACCCGGAGAUGAAAUUGUGGGAGAUGUGUCAAAUCAUUUGUUGGCCGACUCUCAUGCUCAUGGGUCCAGCUGGCGAAGUUUUGUACAAAUUCAUUGGUGAAAAGAACGUGGACAGAUUAAUACCAUACGUCAAGAUAUUUGUAGAGUACUACAAAAGCAGGAAUCGAAUAACGAAUUCAACCCCUUUGCCGCUGCGAUUGAUGCAGGGUGAAUCGAGUCUGACCCAACUCCGUAGUCCGGGUAAAAUCGCCUUGGAUUACACGGGGGAUACCUCAUACUAUGUCGUGUCCGACAGCGCGAACAAUAGAAUUCUGGUCUUUGACAGGUUUAGCAACGAAGUCCAACUCAUCGUGGGAACAGGAGAGGCCGGAUUCCUCGAUGGAGCCUACGGAAUCUGUAGGUUUUCUUCUCCUCAAGGUGUCUGUUUCUACGACGGAGGAAUUUUCGUCGCCGACGCUGGAAACCACGCCAUUAGACGGGUUGACUUCUCCACGAAAUGUGUUUCAACGGUGGUAGGAACGGGAAAACAGGGAGUCGAUUUGGUGGGGAAUCUGGAUGGAAAUGUCCAGGAAAUAUCUACACCGUGGGACGUGGUGCUCUACCGCCACAGCGUCUUGAUUAUCGCCAUGGCGGGUUCUCACCAGAUUUGGGCCUAUGCGACCGAGGACAACUGUCGUCUCUUCGAUGGAAAGGUGGUUGUGGAGAAAGGACACUGUGUUUGCAUAGCGGGAAGCGGCCGCGAGGAAAACCGAAACACCUCGUAUCCCCUCAGAGCCGGAUUUGCGCAACCAUCGGGACUUGCCUUGGAUACGAAUGAGAAAUUCCUAUUCAUAGCCGAUAGCGAGAGCUCUUCUAUACGCGUGAUGGACAUGCAGUCCGGUGCAAUAAAGAAUAUUUGUGGUGGGGAUCUGGAUCCUACGAACUUAUUUGCUUUCGGGGAUCAGGAUGGACGAGCUCUCGACGUCAAAUUGCAACACCCGCUGGGUUUGAGUUGGGACGCACAAACCGAUAAGCUUAUUGUAGCCGAUACCUAUAACAAUAAGCUCAAAAUCGUCGACGCAAGGCUCAGGACUUGUUCCACUAUUCCGGAUGCCGAGGACUUCAGGGAGCCGGGAGGUUUAGCUGUGGACUCAACCCGCAGAAGGGUCUACGUGGCCGAUACGGAGAAGCAUCGAAUCAAAAUACUCGACAUGAGCAAAGACUUCGCCGUGAUAAAGAUCCUCGGACCCGGUUUGACGUUCUCUUCUUCGAAGAAUUCGCCAAAAGACUGUAUCGACUCUACGGGUGAGCCGACCCACCGAACCAAUUUCCAGUAUUACGAAGAUUGGAUGGAGGUUCAACCUGACUUCAUUUUGAAACUUGAACCUUCCCCCGCUCCGGGCGAGACUCUCAAUGAAGAGGCCCCGCAAAAAUGCAAGCUGCAAGGUGACGACUUUAGCCUUCACUGGCAGCAUCCGGACACGGUCAAAAUCCCUGCGAGGAACAGACUUCAUCUCGUGUGCCACUUCGUCAUCUGCAAUGAGGAGAGGAAAACGUGCGAAUCGCGAACGAAGACACUCGAUUUGAGCUUCAAAGCGGUCAAAGAAGGCGGCUAUUCGGCUGUAGUGGUUCCGCUCUUGUUGUAACCCAACGAAUUCUUUAACAAGGAGUCGAUUAGUUUGGGCGAGAAAGAUGGAGAGAGUGCUGAAUCGUUGAUCUAUGCCUCUAACUCGACUGCAUCACGUUCGAGUCUACCAACUAUGAUCCAUACAUGUUGAACGGAGUUUGUUUACGCUGCGAAAUCAAUGUCGGCGGUCGACUCGGACAGCGAG